AUGCCCUCUAAUGAUGGCGUACUGGCUGCAGGCAGGGCUUUCCGAGUGCUCGUCAUCGGCGGCUCUUACGGAGGUCUCGCCGCCGCGUUGACUCUUGUCGAUCUGUCGCGUGGCCGUGUACCUCGCUUCAGCUCAAAUCCUGAUGCCACACCUCCCCCGCAUCGUGUUCCGAUUCAGAUCACCGUCGCAGACGAGCGAGAUGGUUACUAUCACCUUAUCGGAUCACCCAAGGCUCUCGCUUGCGAAAACUUCGCGUCGGAGUCAUGGACUCGGUUCCAAGAUAUCCCCGCUCUGAAGUCUCCCAACAUCAAGUUUAUUCGGGGAAGCGUCAGUGGGGUCGACUGCGCGGCGAAGGUCGCCCAGAUCCUCGAAACUGAGACUAAUUCUAAACGUGCCGAACCGUAUGAUUAUCUCGUUGUAGGAUCUGGGCUGCGACGAGUCUUUCCCACUGUGCCUCGGUCCCUGCGAAGAGCCGAAUUCUUGGAAGAGGUCAAGCGACACGCAGACGACAUUCGACAAGCUCGUGAAGGAGUGGUGAUCAUUGGCGGUGGUGCGGUUGGUGUCGAAAUGGCGGCCGAGUUGAAGAUACUCGUUCCUGAACAAAAAGUGACCCUAAUUCACUCCCGAAAGCGAUUGCUCUCAUCCGAGCCACUGCCCGAUGACUUUGCGGAGCGUGUAGAGACCAUCCUAAACGAGGUAGGCGUCGAAAUUAUCUUGGAACAGAGGGUUAUCGAAACCACUGCAGUGAAUGCGGACGGAGAGCGGCGUACGUGGCGUCUGACUCUCAGUGGUGGCCAACAGCUCGUCACUGGACACGUUUUGAGUGCCAUCUCAAGGCCCAUCCCCACAUCGACGUACCUGUCGCCCGAAGCUCUGACAGACGAUGGUUAUGUGAAGGUGCAUUCAUCAUUGCAAUUCUCGGGCAGCGUUCCCAACUCAGAGCACCACUUCGCCGUGGGUGAUCUUGCAGCGUGGAACGGUAUCAAGCGUUGCGGCGGUGCAAUGCACAUGGGCCAUUAUGCUGGCAAUAAUAUUUAUCAGCAUAUACUCGCCGAGUGCGGUGCUGGAAAGCCGAGAUUCAUGACUCUUAAUCCCUUCCCCAACGUGAUUGGACUGGCCCUCGGGCAUAAAGCCGUCAGCUGGACCCCGGAUGAAGGCACACGUCAUGGCGAGGAUCUUCUGAUAUCGUUGUUUGGGGAGGACAUGGGAAACACCAACUUCCAGCGUGUCGAAAUUAUAUGCGAUUGA